CAUCACAUGCCAUCACAUGCGUUCGUCUACACUGUUUUCAAUAAUACACCCAUCAUGACACCUGUAAACGCCGAAACUCUGAACGAUAUUGUGCGACAGUAAUCGCAUUUCGGAAUGCAGUUUUCGUUUCGAGAUGCCUUUGGUUUAUUAACUUGAGCAUGUUGAGGUUAUGCACACUUUAUUAGUAUGUACUUUAAACCUUGUUUUUAGUUGCCAAUGCCGUGUCGAGUUAAACUGACAUGAAUGACUGACCGUGCUCACACUACACCUGUGACAGUUACAUCAUGGAGGAUAGCUCCAUGGUUGCAUGUAGCUACGACGGAGUUGUACAUGUAAAUCCUCACAUGAGCCCUAGGGCCUACCACCGUACCGGCACCUCCCGAUUCAACAGGCCUCUUUGAUCCGUAUCCAACAUGAGAAAGAACACCAGAGGCAAGAGUCAGCUGGAGGUGCGGGUGGACUCAGCGUUGUACAGAAUCGCCCCACCCAAGCUGAUGCGGUCCUCCUGGUGUGGCACCUGUCUGACAGCAGUCAAGACAUUGGCGUUGGUCUUGUUCUUCUACAGUUGCUCCAUCAGUCUGACCUUCUAUAACAAGUGGCUGUUUAAGGGUUUCAAAUUUCCACUGUCUGUGACUAUCAUUCAUCUGGCAGUCAAGUUCAUCAUUGCAGUGGUAGUGCGCACGUGUCUUGCCUGUGUUACUGGGAGGAACAACAUUGUCUUGCCUUGGUCUGUUUAUAUGAAGAGAGUAGCACCCACCGGUUUCAGCAGUGUCCUAGACAUUGGCCUGUCCAACUGGAGUCUGCUGUACAUCACAGUAUCCCUCUACACCAUGUCCAAAUCAACAUCAAUUAUCUUCAUCCUCGUGUUUGCAAUUUUGUUUGGUCUACAGAGGGCGCAUGCCUGCCAGAUUAUCAUCGUCCUGUUCAUAGCCGGCGGCCUUUUCAUGUUUACCUACGAGUCAACCCAGUUCAAUGCGGAGGGAUUCGUCCUGGUCAUUGUAGCUUCAGUCAUCAGUGGGCUGAGGUGGUCGUGUGCACAGAUACUCACACAGAAAGAGGAACUAGGUCUUUCAAAUCCUGUUGAUACAAUAUACCACCUCCAGCCUGUAAUGAUACUGGGACUGAUGCCAUUUGCUGUAUUUGUAGAAGGUGUACAUAUAUCAUCCACCAAGUUGUUCCUAGGCUUUGAUGAUAUUAAUGUCUUCCUCCACACAUGGCUUAAGGUCGUCAUCGGUGCUGUACUGGCAUUCAUGCUUGCCAUGUCGGAAUACUUGUUGCUUUCGAGAACGUCAAGCCUCACUCUCUCCAUAUCAGGGAUAUUGAAGGAAAUCUGCACUCUCUACAUUGCGUCCGAGUACAGCAAUGACACGAUGUCCCUGCUAAACUUUUUCGGAAUGCUGAUAUGCCUGUUUGGCAUUGCGCUCCAUGUUAUCCUGAAGGCUAUCGCAUCAAAAGACAUGUCAAACUCCAGGAAUGAUGCAUUGCACCAUGGCGACCAAGAGCAGCUUCUUAUGAACGACGGGACGGCCAAUGAUGACGAGGAUGACGAGGAGGAGAUCUUCAGUGCAAAAAGAAUGCAUGUGACAAGAUUAUAGUACCAAACUGGUGAUUCUCCACAAAUAGCCUGGUCGUGUUGAGUGCAGAAUUCUAAUUCAAAUGAGGUCAGUGUUGGACCAAAUACCCUGCCUGUAAAAUCAAGCCAUAGGCUGAGAAGAUUUUUUAAAAAACCUUGGCUUCAUAUCUGUUGCUUCCAGCUUACAGUCCCCGGUGGUCAGAACCCCUAGGUUGUGUUCCUCCAGCCCCAUGUGUAGUUGGGGUAAACUUCAGACUGUAUGUAGCUGGAAACUAGCUGGAAACUACAAGUAACUUAGAGCUAGUUAUCCUUGCUUUUAGCCUCAAGGUGGAAUCAGGAAGGAUGCAGCUGCAAUGCGGUCAAACCAGCGGCAUAUAAAAGUGCGUCGUGCAGCUGGCAGGCAGGACCCAUAUUUGACUAUGGAGCACAGCCAGAGAUCAAAAAGUGGUGAUUUUUAGCAGAGGGAGGAAAAUCAAAGAACUUGGAGUAACAAAUCCUUUUGGGGGGACUGGAGAGAACCAGUGAACAACUCUACUCAUGUAUGGCGCGGCCGUGAAUCGAACCUGGGUCACAGUGGUGAUAGGUAAGUGCCGUACUCACAAGCAACCUAUACCACCCCAGCGAUGGAGCUGGAAUUUAAAAAAUGGUCCAGGUGUUAGGAAGUACACCAGAAGCUUACCAGUUCCUUUUUUUUGUUUACUGGUGCACUCUGCACGGGAGCGGAUCCAAAACCAAUUUUUUUGGGGGGGGGGAGGCAGGUCAAAAGGGUUUUUGGGGAGGGUGUCAAAAUCUUUUGAAAUUUGUGACCUGUCAUCUCAAAAUGAGCUGAAAGUUGGAAUAUUCAAAAGCUGAGAUAUUGGUGCUUUUUUAUUCAGGAGGAAGAGAGCUUUCCAGUGGUACAUGUAUGUACAUGGAACACUUAGGGUAGAAGUAUAUGACAUUAUGACAUUAUUCUGGCAGCUUUAUGUCUUUGUUUCUGACAUUAUUUCAGCAUUUCUGACCAGACACAAAUAAUGCUGUCAUCGAAAUUGCUGAGAAAAUGACAUUUUUAAAUAUAUGAUUCUGAGAAACAUUUGGAAUUACACAGAAAACGGGUUACUCCUUCCAAAUAUUUCAACAUGCCCCCCCC